AUGGCGGCGCCCAUGCUGCGCUGGUGCUGUCCCGCUAGGCGUUGGAUUUUAGCCAACAUUGACCGCGGUCCUCGCCACGGAAGAGGGGCUCCGACUGGGUCCGGGUCCAGCGGGAAAAGGGGACAGAGCUCAGUGGCUCAGCAGCUCCUCGCCACGGCCCAGAAGCCGAGGAAAGGUGAACACCAAUGGGCAGCCGUGGUGGGUUUGGAAAUUCAUGCCCAGAUUUCCUCCAACUCGAAACUCUUCUCUGGAUCUCAAGUCCACUUUGCAGCACCUCCAAAUUCUUUAGUAUCUUUCUUUGAUGCAUCUCUGCCUGGAACAUUGCCGGUUCUCAACAGGAGGUGCGUAGAGGCGGCAGUGAUGACAGGCCUGGCACUGAACUGCCACAUAAACAAGAAGUCCUUGUUUGACAGGAAGCACUACUUCUAUGCAGACCUCCCUGCAGGUUACCAAAUUACCCAGCAGAGGCUCCCGAUCGCUGUGAAGGGCAGUUUGGCGUACAGUGUCUUUGUGGGGAAGAAUCGGAAUCAGGUGAUCAACAAGACAGUGAGGAUCAAGCAGAUCCAGCUGGAGCAAGACAGUGGCAAGAGCCUUCACGAUGACCUGCGGUCCCAGACGCUCAUUGACUUGAACAGGGCAGGAGUUGGCCUUCUGGAAGUGGUCCUGGAGCCCGAUAUGUCCUGUGGAGAAGAGGCAGCAACAGCUGUCAGGGAGCUGCAGCUGAUACUUCAAGCCCUGGGGACCAGCCAGGCAAACAUGGCAGAGGGCCAGUUGAGGGUGGAUGCCAAUAUAUCUGUGCAUCAUCCUGGGGAGCCUUUGGGUGUUCGAACUGAAGUGAAGAAUCUCAACAGUGCCAGGUUCUUGGCCAAAGCAAUAGACUAUGAAAUUCAGAGGCAAAUCGAAGAACUUGAGAAUGGAGGAGAAAUUUUGAAUGAAACUCGCUCCUUUGAUUGCAAGCUGGGGUGCACUGUGCCGAUGAGAGACAAAGAAGGAAAGCAAGACUACAGGUUUAUUCCUGAGCCCAACCUGCCUCCCCUGCUGCUCUAUGAUUCAGCGUCUCUGCCUGCUGGCGCAGACCCACAGCAAGUGAUCAAUAUCGACCAGCUUCGAGAGCAGCUCCCCGAGCUCCCCAGUGUGACCCGGGAGAAGCUCGUCCAGCAGUAUGGGAUGCUACCGGAACACAGCUUCACCUUACUGAAUGAAGUUGGCCUACUGGAGUUCUUCCAAAAUGUGAUGAAAGAAACUAGGGCAGAGCCAAAAAAAGUGACUAGUUGGGUCCUCAACACUUUCCUGGGUUUUUUAAAGCAACAGAACCUUGCUGUCAGUGAGAGUCCUGUCACACCUUCUGCACUGGCCGAGCUUCUCAACCUACUGGACCAGAAAAUAAUUUCUUCAGCCGCAGCUAAAAAGGUGUUUGAGGAACUAUGGAGGAGUGGAGGGAAGACUCCAGCACAGAUUGUUUCAGAAAAGAGGCUUGAACUGAUGCAGGAUCAAGAGGCCCUGGAAGAGCUCUGCCAGGCUACGAUGGAGAAACAUCCUCAAGUGGUAAUGGAUCUGAAGAAGGGAAACCCCAGAGCUAUAAAUAAACUGAUUGGCUUGGUCCGAAAAGCGACUCUCAAUCGAGCAGACCCCACUGUGAUAAAGGAGAUGCUGGAGAGGCAGCUGUCAUCAUGA